AUGGAAGAGAAUACUUCUGGUUUAACUGUUGCAGUAUUUGGACAAAAAAUUACUGUGCAGGAAAUUGAAUAUCAAUUAGAGUUUCAAGAAUAUCCACGAACAUUUAAUACUGGCGUUGCAACUGUAUAUAAUAUCUCUACAUUUGAAGAUGAAAAUCAACAAAUAGCAACAAAAGUUCAAGAUGCUUUUGCUUUAAAAAAUAUUCAAUAUGCUUAUGGAGAUCUGGGAAAUAUCAAAAAAUCAAUUAAAUGUCCAUUUUUAGGUGUUAAAACUAGACAUGAAUAUCAUACAUGUCAAGGCAUUAAAGUUUGUGAAUGUGCAUCAUCUGAUCUUGAAGUUUCACAUACAAGUGUAGACUUUGAAAGUAAACUUUACAAAAAAAUAUUUGAUUCGCAUGAAUUUUCACAUGACAAUGCAGCUUUAAGUACAUUUAUUACUGCAUUUAAAACACCUUGUCGUGCAAUUAAUCCAGUUACUAAUGAACAAUGCGAUGGUUUACCAAUAUUAAAAGAAUAUUCAUAUGUUCAGGGAAAAAGUUCAAUAAGAAUAUUUAUAGGAUGCAAUAAAUGGCAAUCUACUCAAUGCAAUCAUCAUUAUAUAACUAUAAAUUCACGUGUAAAUAGACAAUAUUUGGAAAAAUUAUUUUGUGAAUAUAAUUAUAUUGAUUCACAAUCAAUAAUAACUGAUCCAAUAAAAGAUUGUUAUUAUGUACAGCCAAUUAGUGGAAAAACAAGUUUAUGCC